GUAGAGGCUGUCAUGUAAACAUACAGGAUUUUUGCGUUAGCAACCGCUGCAUAAGUUUGUGCACAGAGUGUAAUUGACUCGCCAGAAAAACCAUUAAAAGCAGACAAAAAUGAACGGACACGACGAAGAAGAGGACACGGGUCCUUCAGUUGACUCUACAGAUCCAGAAGAGCGUAUUGCUGCUCGAAGAAUUCGCAUCGCAAAGCGCGUUGAGAUGGCGAGAAGAGAGGCGAUGGGAGAAGACCCCAGCAAAUUGAAGAAAGAAGACAAGGAGGAACAGAGCAAAAGCAAACGACAGAUAGAAGAUAGUAGACAGCGUCUGACUAAGUUGGAGUCUGAUGGCUCAGAGCUCGUGACCAACGUCCGCGUGGCAGCUGAUGCAAGAGAAGCUCACAGACGGACAGAGGAAGAAGAAAUCCAGAGACAGAGGAAUGAGAAGCUGGAAGCGGAGGCCAAGGCAGGCCUGGAACGCUUUGACGAGAUCACCAAGAAAUGGGAGCAAGCCAACAGCCGAGACCUGCCCAUGGAGCUGCACGACCUGCUGAAGCAACAGAAGUCUCUGUCUGAGGCCAUGAUCGAUGAGAAGAACAAACUCAUCAACGACUUCCAGUUGGAGCUGAAGAGUAAAGAUGACCAGUAUGUGAAAGAUUUGAAGAAGCAAGCCGAGGACAUCGAUCUGAUGAUUGACAGGAUAGAGGAGCAAGUCAAGAACCUGACCAAGGCAUACAGGGAUGAGGUCACCCAGAUCGAGAAAUCCUUUGAGACGGAGCGGGGGGAGCUGAUGGACAACAACCGGCGCAAGUGGGAGCAGGCCAUGACGGGCCGGGGGGACCAGGAGCUGGAGUACAUGAAGCAGCGAGAACGACGGGUGGAGGAGUUUGAGAAGCAGUUACAGCAUCUCAGGAUCCAAGACGCCGACGAGUACAACAUGGUCAAGAUUAAGCUGGAAACCGACGUGCAGGUUUUGGAGCAGCAACUUCAGCAGAUGAAGGCAACGUACCAGCUCAACCAGGAGAAGCUAGAAUACAACUUCCAGGUCCUCAAGAAACGCGACGAGGAAAACACCAUCACCAAGUCACAACAGAAACGAAAGAUCACGAGACUUCAAGACGUGAUGAACAAUCUGAAAGUCAAGCUGUCCAAGCAGGAGAAGCAGUACCGUGAGGAGAACCAGGGCUUGGCGGACGACUACAAACGCAUCACGGAGCAGUUCAAGGAACUACAGAAGAAAUCCAAGCACUUCCAGGCAACCGACACUAGAAAGUUCCACGACAUAUGGUGUAUGAAUGAGGACCAAGUCAAGGAACUAGCCCAGAUCUGCCUGGAGCAGGACCGCAUCAUUGCCGAACAACAGCUGGGAUUAACGUGGAAGGCACCCCAAGAUAUGUGGUUCAUGGACAGCGUUGGGCCGAUCCGCAGCCAGAAGAGCCAGGCUGAGGCCACGGCCACCUCCGCCCACGACGUCAUCAAGGAAGUCAUGUCUGUCGAGUCCAGCGUCCAGGGUGACGAUGAGACCGUGGAGCAAUCGCAGCCGGAUGAGGGAGAGGAAGGGGAAGUGGAAGGGGAGACGGAGGGAGAGAAGACCAAAGUCUCCGUGAAGACUAUCAAGAGAGUCUUGGAGUUGCUGUGUGAUGAAUCGGGUUUCCUUGUGGAGUCUAAGCUGAACACACUCCUUGCUCCCCUGGAGAAGGAUGAGAGAUGUCUCAUGAAACUGGACGCCAUCUUCGGGGCUCUUGGUGUUGAGACAGAGGAAGAUGUCCACAAGCUAGCCAACUUCUUCAUCAAGUAUCAGACGCCUCUGGACGCACCAGCAGCCGAGGGCCAAACCGCUGAUGAGGCAGCGCCUUUCACAGUCGACACUGAAAAACAGACAACACCUGAAGAGGGUGAAGCUUCUACGCAACACAGAGCAUCACAGGUGACACAACCCACGACAACUAAGGUGGGGCAGGUGUCAGACGGAGCGGAGGAUGUUGAACAGGAUGAUUUUGAUGAGGGGGAUAACGCCGAGAUCCUGCAGGUGACGGGACGGCAAGAGGAGGCAGCCGGAUCCAUCCGAUCGACACGCUCAGACGCACCAGAGCUCAUCCAUCCAAACGACGUCGGCAAAGCGCUCCGAGACUUUGUCAAUGAGCACAGCAAACCUGCCAAGGAAAAGGCAAAGUUCCAGACAUUCCGCAUCAUCUCUGGGGAGGAAAGAGACGACAGUGAGGACGCAGCUUACUGGGCCAGUUUCCCGUCAGUCCUGUCUGGGAAGCAGGAGAAAGUUUGGAAAGCUCUGCUCGACGGCCUGGAAAAAUACAGUGAUGUUCUCAAUCAGCGCUCCAAGCUCAUAACGGAGACGGAUUCGCUGAGGCAGCAGAACGCCGAGCUGCGCAUGCUGCUUCACCAGUAUAUCAACUCCAAGGUCAACCAAGAACUGGAGAUUCCGCCGACUAGAGUUCUGAACCUAGACGUCCCGCAAUAAUCGGCCAGACUUAUCAAUUGAACUCCCCAACCCCAUCCUUACCCCCUAAGGUUAGGUCUCAAAGUGCUUCAGUUAACCUCUGUUCAACAGGCCAUCAAGCAUUUUUCUGCAGACUCGAUCAUUGCAAUCUGGUCUUGUCCCUCACUCACAUACACUCCUCGGUGGAGAUAGGCAAUUGUAGUAAAGUGUCUUGCCCAAGAACACAAGCGCCAUGGUCUCUACCCUCACAGGUACCUAUUUAUACUCCUGGGUGGAGAGACGCAAUUGUAGUAAAGUGUCUUGCCCAAGAACACAAGCAUCAUGGCCUCAACCCUCACAGGUACCUAUUUAUACUCGUGGGUGGAGAGAGGCAAUUGUAGUAAAGUGUCUUGCCCACGGACACAAGCACAGUGUUCCCCACCAGGAUUCAAACACAUGUCCCAUGGCACCAUGGCACACGAGGCAAAUGCCAUAACCAGGCCACAUCGCUCAGUCAGUUAAGUCCAAAAUUGGGCCCGGGUUUUUCUUGUGAGAACCCAAGCAUGAACUACCUGUCGUUCGUAAUUUUAAUGGUCCCGUUUGUAUAAAAGCAUUUUAAUACUGUAAGUACAUAUAAUUCUAUAAAUGCUAUCCUAUUUCGAGAAGUGUAACUGGUCCAUGGUGUAUGUACAAAUGUAUACUGACGAUAUUCUUCCUCAUUUGAAUAAAAUCAAUUAUUGUUUGAA